AUGGCAUUUUCCCGGACAUGGCUGCAGUACGUCUGCGGCCUCCUAUUCUUCAUUUCCUCCAUCUCUGCUCUCAAGUUCGAUCUCGAGGCCAAGCACGGCAAGAAUGAGAGGUGCAUACGGAAUUUCGUCGCCAAGGACACGCUGGUCGUGGUGACGGCCACAAUCGACGGACGCAAGGGCGAUGGAAUGGCUGUCAACAUCAAUAUCAAGGAUGCCGUAGGAAAUGAGUAUGGUCGCGCCAAGGAUGUUGUCGGCGAGUCGCGACAGGUCUUUACUUCGCACGCCGACGCUGCGUUCGAUGUUUGCUUCGAGAACCUUCUCACUGGCAGACCGGGUAACCCUUACCGCCACGUCGAGCUCGACAUUGACAUUGGUGCCGACGCGAAAGACUGGUCCGCUAUUCAGGCCACCGAGAAGCUGAAGCCAAUCGAGGCCGAGCUCCGCCGUAUCGAGGAGACAAUUUCCGAAAUCGUUACCGAGAUGGACUACCUUCGUUCGCGUGAGCAGAAGCUGCGAGACACAAACGAGAGCACAAACACCCGUGUCAAGUGGUUCGGCAUUGGCACGACCAUGUUGCUCAUUGCCCUUUGGGGCUGGCAGAUCAUGUAUCUCAGGGCAUACUUCCGCAGCAAGCACUUGAUCUAA